CCUAUAUAAACGACUGGUGGUCUUCACCAAGUGCAUUUUUUACCAAGAUGACUAAAGCGUUCAGCUUGCUGCUCUCGGUGACUCUGACAAGCUUAGCACUGACUGGUGCAUUCGGAGCUGAUAUCAUCAAUGGCAAAAAGGCUAAGAAGGGCUCUUUGCUGUACAUGGCAUCAGUGCAGAUUAAUGAAAAACACAAUUGUGGAGGAUUUCUGAUUAAUUCGAGUUAUGUGCUCACAGCUGCACACUGCGAUAAACAAGGCGAUAUGAGUGUGAUCCUGGGAACCCACAACAUCAAUCCAAAGGGGGCAAAUGAGAAACGCUACAGAGUGCAAAAUAAGCAUAAACACCCACCCUACAAAUCUCCAAGAACUGGGAACGACAUCAUGCUUCUAAAGCUGUCCGAGAAGGUGAAAAUUAGCAAAGAUGUAAAACUCGUCACAAUCCCGAGCAAAGACAGACCGAUGAAGCCAAAGUCCAAGUGUCUGGUCGCGGGAUGGGGGGAAACUGAAAAAAACAACACAGUGAAUGAUCUUCUGGUUACAGACGUGCUGAUCAUCGACAAAACCGUCUGUCAGUCAGAGUGGAAAAAAAUCGAUGUUAAACUGCCUGACAACAUCCUGUGCGCUGGAGGCUACGAGACCAAAAGUGGCGCUUGCCAGGGUGAUUCGGGUGGGCCACUGGUGUGCAGCGGGCAAGCAGUGGGCAUCGUCUCUUUCAACAUGGGCCGCUGCGACUACCCCAAUGCUCCAAAUAUUUACACUCAGAUUUCCAAAUACACCCAAUGGAUUAAAAAGGUGAUCAGCGGAGGUGCCUGAUGCCUGUAUUAACCUAACCUGCAUUAAAAUUAACUUUUAUGGUACCACUUAAAUGCUAAAGAUUAAACAUUGUAAUAAAUGUGAGAAAACAACAAUAAAAACUCAUG